AUGGGGCGUUCACAGGGAGGGAAACUCAAAAUAUACGUCGACUGUGUAUCGCCUUAUUCCUGGUUCGGUUUCACAAAUGCCAUCAAAUAUCGGCCACUUCUGAACGCUUAUGGUGUUUCGGUAGAGAUAAUCCCCUUCUUCUUGGGAGGCGCUCGGGACGGUAUAGGCAAUCCGUGGACGCCGACGCCCACGUGGAAAGAAACGUUCGCAAAGCAAGACUCGCACAUGACGGGAGAGUUGUUGGGGUUGAAAGUCGUGACACCCAAGGUCUUUCCUAUCUUGUCACUCUUCCCGGUCCGAGUUGCAACUUAUGUCAAAGACCAUUACCCUGCUGAGAAGUUUGAGGCCACGUUUCCGGCGUUCAGCUCCGCCUUCUGGAGUAAAGGCAUCAACAUCUCAACGCCAGAAGGUGUGCUCGAAGCCUUGAAAGGCAUAUUUCCAGACGAUGAAAUCAAAGAUAUCAUGAAGAAGGCGUUAUCGCCUGAGAACAAGAAAAAAGUCGUCGAUGUUACGAUGAGUGCUGGAGCCUUUGGAGCUCCGUGGAUAGUGGCCAUCAACUCGAACGGGGAGAAGAAGGACUGGUUUGGCAACGAUCGCUGGGAUCAAGUUUUCUAUCACCUUCAGGUGCCGUUUACUCCGGUCAGCAUAAUACCUCCAAAGGAAGCGAAAGCAAAAUUGUAGGGGGAUUUCCGAUGACGAGGAUGUGACAUGCAUGAUAGAGUGUGCGGGUCGCGUCGGCUGUUAAGAGGAACCCAUCACUGGUGCACUUACGACCUUCCUUCAUUGCUCCUAACAAACACCUCCUGCAAAGCAAAGUCGCACAUCCUUCUUUGUGGCAGUGUCACAACAUGGCUCACGAUAUCAUUGUGACAAGAGCGUAAUGGGCUAUUGGAACAAGAAGACAUCCACG